UUUCAAUCUAUAAAGAGAAGUUGGGGAAGAUAAAUAGCUGGGGAAACCACAUCUUCAUGCUGUGUGGGACAUUUCAGCUUCCCGCAGCCACCAACAUGUCUUUGGUCCUGCUUUCUGUCCUCUGGCUCAUUGUACAAACUGAAGCAAUAGCCAUAAGGCAAGCACCUGAAAGAGAACUCUAUAAAGUAGUCCAUCCUAAAAAACUACACAUUUUACACAAAAGAGAGGUACGGAAUAACUGGACAGGGACCCAUGGUAAUGAGGAAAGAUAUGAGCCUGAACUUCAGUAUCGGAUUAUUUUAAAUGGAGAAGUCAUUCUCUGCCUACAAAAAACCAAGCAUCUCCUGGGCCCCAACUACACCGAAACCUAUUUCUCUCCCGAGGGAGAAGAGGUCACCACAAGCCCUCAGAACGCGGAACACUGCUACUACAAAGGACACAUCCUGAAUGAAAAGGAUUCAGUGGCCAGCAUUAGUACUUGCAAUGGGUUGAGGGGAUACUUCACACAUCAGAAUCAAAGGUACAUGAUAAAGCCUCUGAAAAGCACAGACCAAGAAGAACAUGCUGUCUUCACAUAUAACCUGGAGGAGCUGGACACAGCUAAUCACACCUGUGGUGUAAAAAAUGUUGGCAGAAAACACAGCAUCAUCCGCACCACUAGGUCACUCAGCAGCCCAGAGCAAGAAGAAUUACUUCGGGCUGCAAAAUAUGUUGAUCUCUUUUUGGUGCUGGAUAAUGCCUUUUACAACAUGUAUCAGGGAAAUCUAACGUCAAUAAGAAGCUUCCUGUUUGAAGUGAUGAAUCUGCUCAAUGUGAUUUAUAACACCAUAGAUGUUCAAGUGGCCUUGGUAGGUAUGGAAAUCUGGUCUGACGGUGAUAAGAUAAAGGUAGAACCCAACCCAGGCGUCACCUUUACCAACUUUCUGAAUUGGCAUCGUUCCAACCUGGGGAAAAUGAAGCCCCAUGAUCACGCUCAGCUACUCAGUGGACGUGUCUUCGCCCAUACACGUGCAGGAGUGGCAGCGGCAAAUUCCCUGUGUUCCCCAUCUUCGGUUGCUGUUAUUGAGGCUAACAGAAAGAAUAACGUGGCUCUUGUCGCGGUGAUGUCACAUGAGUUGGGUCAUGCCCUUGGCAUGCCUGACGUUCCAUACACCACCACGUGUUCCUCUGGGAGCUGUGUGAUGAAUCAGUACCUAAGUUCAAAAUUCCCGAAGGAUUUCAGCGCAUCCUCCCGCUCACACUUUGAAAGUUACAUUUUAUCUGCAAAACCGAAGUGCCUGCUGCAAGCCCCGACCCCUAAAGAUAUACUCACAAUCCCAGUGUGUGGGAACCAGCUUCUGGAAGUGGGGGAGGAGUGCGACUGUGGUUCUCCUAAGGAAUGCUCCCAGCCCUGCUGUGAGGCCACUACCUGCAAGUUCAAGCCCAGCGCUGACUGUGCACAGUGGACUCUGAACCACACAACCGAGUGAAUCAAAAAAUCGCCUUCAUCGAAGAUGCUUCUUGCCUUCUUGCUGGGACAAGAAUCUAGAAACCUGAACACACCAGGAUUCUUGUGUAUUAUCACUUUACACUUAGAUAUAUUUUGCUUUUUAUUUGUCAUUAUCCUUUCUGCAUUUUUUUUUACCAGUUCAGCUCACUGGUAAGUAGAUGUACUUAAAGAAACUGCCUCUUUUCUAAAGACCUGAUCUUUCAUGUGUGUUUAAAGAUCACAAAGCCACUGUUUAGCUCUGCUCUUUGGAAACCUAAGAAAUUAGCUCUUGACCAAAACACUUUGAACGCACCACCGAACCAGUCGGAGUCAAUCCAGAACUGUAAAAGUAGAGGUGACUUGGAUUUGAACUCCACUCUGGUCUUCUUAGUCCCAGCCCGUGAGAAAAACAACGUCGAGACUUGAGGAGUGAAACCUUUCAUUCGUGUGCCUUCUGUUCCUCCGCCGAGUUCUGCCCUGCUCUUCUAAGUGUGGUGUUUUCCUUUAUCAUGUCACGAUUCAUUAAAUAUAAAUAUCUUUAUUCUUUCAUGCAUAAUCCUUCCACCAUCACAGAUAAUGUUAAUUCUGAGAAGUCUGCUCGCUUACAUUUAAAUUCAGCUAUCAAGGAAUGGCUUAUUCAUCUAUCGAUUUAAUGAGCCAUAAUGUCAAUCAAUAAAAGCACAACUUUUUGAGGC